AUGUAUGCUACUAUCACAAGACCUGACAUUAGUUAUGCAGUGCAAACACUAAGUCAGUUUAUGCAACAUCCAAAAAGAUCUCAUUGGGAAGCAGCUAUUAGGGUGGUGAGAUAUCUGAAAGGAACAGUUGGUCAGGGCAUAUGGCUAAAGGCUCAAUCAGCCACAACAUUAACAUGUUGGUGUGAUUCAGACUGGGCUGCAUGUCCUAACACUAGGAGGUCAGUAACAGGCUACAUAGUAAAGUUUGGAGAUUCUUUAGUAUCCUGGAAGUCCAAGAAACAGCAGACAGUGUCUAGAAGUUCACUGAAGCUGAAUACAGAAGCAUGGCUUCAGCAGUGGCAGAAGUAA